GGAGACAAAAUGGCGGCGGCAAAAUGGCGGCAACAGCGCGGAGAUGGAAAAUGGGGUCGGGGUCGGACUUUGUCCCUGAGCUGCGUGGAAUGUUUACCCGCGGCCCUGCGCAAACAGCGCCGCUGAUUGGCUGCCGCCACCCGGAUGUCCCGCCCCCGCCGCUGAUUGGUUGAUCGCACCCGGAAGUGUCGCCCCCCCCUCCGCCAUGGGGUACAUAAGGGCGCUGCGGAGGGGGGGGGGGUUUGGGGGGCGCAGAGUUGUAGGGGGGGGGAAACUGAGGACAGAAUGCAGCGCGGGAUGUGGGGCGUGGGCCUGGCCCGGCGCAGGCUGAGCACGUCGCUGUCGGCGCUGCCGGCGGCCGCGCGGGAUUUCGUGGAGGAGGCGGUCCGGCUGUGCAGGCCCAGGGAGGUUCUGCUGUGCGAUGGGUCCGAGGAGGAGGGGAAGGAGCUGCUCAGAGGGCUGCAGGACGACGGGGUGCUGCAUCCGCUGCCCAAAUACGACAACUGCUGGUUGGCUCGCACCGACCCCCGGGACGUGGCUCGGGUGGAAAGCAAGACGGUGUUGGUGACCCCCGAACAGAGCGACGCCGUCCCCCCACCCCCCCCAUCCGGGGGUCCCCCCCAAUUGGGGAACUGGAUGAGCCCCAAUGCUUUCCAGGCAGCUGUGCAGGAGCGUUUCCCCGGAUGCAUGGCAGGCCGCCCCCUCUACGUCAUCCCAUUCAGCAUGGGCCCCCCCACGUCCCCCUUGGCCAAACUGGGGGUUCAGGUGACCGACUCCCCCUACGUGGUGCUCUCCAUGCGCAUUAUGACCCGCGUGGGCCCCGCGGUGCUGCAGCGCCUCGACGACGACUUCGUCCGCUGCCUCCACUCCGUGGGGCGGCCUCUGCCCCUCACCGAGCCCCUGGUGAGCUCGUGGCCGUGCGACCCGUCCCGUGUCCUGGUUGCCCACAUCCCCUCGGAGCGCCGCAUCGUCUCCUUCGGUUCGGGAUACGGCGGCAAUUCGCUGCUGGGCAAGAAGUGCUUCGCGCUGCGCAUCGCGUCCCGCAUGGCCCAGCAGCAGGGCUGGCUGGCCGAGCACAUGCUGAUUUUGGGGGUGACGUCCCCCAGUGGUGAGAAGCGUUACAUGGCGGCGGCCUUUCCCAGCGCCUGCGGGAAAACCAACCUGGCCAUGAUGACCCCCAGCCUGCCGGGUUGGCGGAUCCACUGCGUCGGGGACGACAUUGCGUGGAUGAAGUUCGAUGAUGAGGGCCGCCUCCGCGCCAUCAACCCCGAGCGUGGCUUUUUUGGGGUGGCCCCGGGGACGUCGUCGCGCACCAACCCCAACGCCAUGGCCACCAUCGCCCGCAACACCAUCUUCACCAACGUGGGGCUGCGAAGCGAUGGCGGCGUCUACUGGGACGGCCUGGAUGAACCCACGGAGCCCGGGGUCACCUACACCUCCUGGCUGGGCAAGCCGUGGAAGCACGGUGACCCCGAGCCGUGCGCCCACCCCAACUCCCGUUUCUGCGCCCCGGCCGAUCAGUGCCCCAUUAUGGACCCGCGUUGGGACGACCCGGAAGGAGUUCCCAUCGACGCCAUCAUCUUCGGGGGGCGCCGACCCCGCGGAGUGCCGUUGGUGGUGGAGGCCUUUGGGUGGCGCCACGGAGUUUUCAUGGGCAGCGCAAUGAGGAGCGAAGCCACCGCCGCCGCCGAGCACAAAGGCGGCCGUUUGAUGCACGACCCCUUCGCCAUGCGCCCCUUUUUCGGCUACAACGCGGGGCGUUACCUGGAACAUUGGCUGUCUACGGGUCUCCGGAGCAACGCCCGCCUCCCCCGUCUGUUCCACGUUAAUUGGUUCCUCCGAGAUAACGAAGGUCGCUUCGUUUGGCCCGGCUUCGGUCACAACGCCCGCGUCUUGGCUUGGAUCUUCGGGAGGAUCCAGGGGAGGGACACUGCCCGGCCCACCCCCAUCGGUUGGGUACCCAAAGAAGGGGAUUUGGACCUGGGGGGGCUGCCGGGGGUCGAUUACUCCCAACUGUUCCCUAUGGAGAAGGGCUUUUGGGAGGAGGAGUGCAGGCAGCUGAGGGAGUAUUACGGGGAGAACUUCGGGGCCGAUCUGCCCAGGGAUGUCAUGGCGGAGCUGGAGGGCCUGGAGGAGAGGGUGAGGAAGAUGUGAGGGGUCGGGGUGGGGCUGAGGGAAAGGAUGGGGGGAGGUUGGGGGGGCUGUGGGGGGCGAGGUGGGGGCUGGCGGUGGGGGUUGGUGAGGCCAAGAUGGCCGCCAUCGGUAUGGGUUGGCCGUUCCAAGAUGGCUGCCGCCGCUAUGAGUUGGUCAGCCAAGAUGGCCGCCGACAGUGUGGGUUGGUGGGUCCAAGAUGGCUGCCAUCGGUAUGGGUUGGCCGUUCCAAGAUGGCUGCCGCCGCUACGAGUUGGUCAGCCAAGAUGGCCGCCGACAGCGUGGGUCCAAGAAGGCCGCCAUCAUUACGGGUUGGCCGUUCCAAGAUGGCUGCCGCCACUACGAGUUGGUCAGCCAAGAUGGCCGCCGACAGUGUGGGUUGGUGGGUCCAAGAUGGCUGCCAUCAGUAUGGGUUGGCCAUUCCAAGAUGGCUGCCGCCGCUACGAGUUGGUCAGCCAAGAUGGCUGCCGACAGCGUGGGUCCAAGAUGGCCGCCAUCAUUACGGGUUGGCCGUUCCAAGAUGGCUGCCGCCACUACGAGUUGGUCAGCCAAGAUGGCCACCGACAGCGUUGGUUGGUGGGUCCAAGAUGGCUGCCAUCAUUGUGGGUUGGCCGUUCCAAGAUGGCCGCCAUCACUGUGGGUUGGCCGUUCCAAGGUGGCUGCCAUCUUUGUGGGUCGGUGGGCCCAUGAUGGCUGCCAUCGUGGGUUGGCUGUUCCAAGAUGGCUGCCAGCAGCGUGAGAUGACUGUUCCAAGAUGGCUGCCACCACUAUCAGUUGGCCAUCCAAGAUGGCCGCCAACAGCGUGGGUUGGUGGGUCCAAGAUGGCCGCCAUCACUGUGGGUUGGCCGUUCCAAGAUGGCUGCCGCCACUAUGAGUUGGCCAUCCAAGAUGGCUGCCAGCAGGAUGGGUUGGUGGGUCCAAGAUGGCUGCCACCAUAAUGCAUUGGCCAGACAAGAUGGCCACCAGCAGCAUGGGAUGGCCGAUCCAAGAUGGCCGCCCUACCUGGGAAGGAGCCCCCUGCCUGCUCAUUGGCUGAGCGCUCCAAGAUGGCUGCCAUUCCACGUCCUCGUUGGUUGACCAUCCAAGAUGGCUGCCACCCCCACAGAGUGGCCGAUCCAAGAUGGCCGCCCCGCCUGGGAGGGAUCCUCCUGCCCUCUCAUUGGCUGAGCGUUCCAAGAUGGCUGCCAUUCCACGUCCUCAUUGGUUGACCAUCCACGAUGGCUGCUGCCUUCCUCUCCAUUGGCUCACCCAUCUAAGAUGGCUGCCCUCCUUUGUCCUGAUUGGCUGGCCACCCCAAGAUGGCCGCUCGUGCCCAUCCUGGCUGCUCAUUGGUUCCUGCAGAGCUGUGGUGCCCUCCCAUUGGUCGGGGCCAUUUGAUAGUGGGACUUCUGGGCGCCAUCUUGGAGUGACGUCACACUGUGAGCAACGCUGCGUUCCUACUGGCUUGCCGCAGCCUCCCAUCGACCAAUGGCUGUGUCCCGCUGGUCGCGCAACGCCCUCCGCCCAAUCACAGCGUCCCGUUGGCCGAGCGGAGCGUCCUGAUUGGCCGAGCUCUUCCCCUUGUCCAAACGGCAGCUUCCCAUUGGCUGUGCUCAUCUCAAUGGCCUAUCAGAGCCGCCCGUGGACCUCAGAACUCCCUCCCCCCCCCCCCGUGCCUCAUAAGCUCCGCCCCCGAUCCUUUAAGCCCCGCCCCUCCCGGGGAUGGGGCUCUGCGGACCAAUAAACAAUCACCGGAAGUGA